CAACUUUGUGUUCCUGUUCUUAUCAUUUCAGUCUCGAAGUCGAAAUUAUGCAGAUUUUGCAAAGUUGCCAAAAGGAAAUAAUACCUACAUUUUAAAUUUUGAUUUUCAGCAUUCUGCACAAAUUUAAUUCAGUACUCAGUAUGCACCGGCGUACCAGUUUUCGAGUAUUAUAUUUAUGUAACAAGCACAAAGUGUUUCAGUUGCAAUGAAAGUGUUUUCCAGGCAAAGAAUUUUCCAUACAUGAUGCAAAUACGAAACACUCGUAGUCGUAACGAUGGUGUGUUCAUCAAAGCACUGGAUUUACUUCCUUUUAAUACCGAUUUUUUUCUUUUUUCUGACCGCUCAUUACGCUUUUAACACUGUAAUUCAAAGACACCACUUAGAACCCUUAUUUUCCAUUAACGAAUCUUACGUAGUAGUCCACUUCAAAGGAAGUAACGAGUAUAAAGCACAAUUAAAAUCUAAAAGGGAAAACGAAUUACGUAAUAUCUCAGAUGCUUCCGACGCUUAUUACAGUAAGCGAAACAUAUCGCAGCCUUGUCCGGAAAUACCUCCUAAUUUGGCGGGCAAAGUGCAAUUAAUAAAAGAAGCAACUCCUUCUUUUAAAAGUUUACGAGAUGAAUUUGAGAAUUCUAGUCUUCAGAAUGACGGACGUUACCAACCGAGUGAAUGCAGAGCACGUCAACUAGUCGCUAUUAUAGUGCCAUAUAGAGAUCGUUUUGAACAUUUGAAUAUUUUUCUCAGAAAUAUUCAUCCGUUUUUACAAAAACAACAAUUAGAUUAUACCAUUUUUAUUGUGGAGCAAGCAGGCGAUAGCCCUUUCAAUCGUGGUAUGCUGAUGAAUGUGGGAUUUUUCGAGGCUAUAAAAAUUCGUCCCUUCGACUGUUUUAUAUUUCACGAUGUCGAUUUACUGCCAGAAGAUGACCGAAAUUUAUACACAUGCCCGGAGCAGCCUCGUCAUAUGUCCGUUGCCAUUGACGUUUUCAGAUAUAAGUUACCAUACAGCGAUUUAUUUGGCGGAGUUAGUGCCAUGUCUACUGAGCAUUUUUUAUUAGUCAACGGUUUCAGUAAUAUGUUUUGGGGAUGGGGUGGAGAAGACGAUGACAUGUCGAUGCGUAUUAAAAUGAGAGGUUUGCAUUUAUCAAGAUAUCCUUUUAAUAUUGCUCGAUAUACAAUGUUAGCCCACGAAAAGCAAAAAGCCAAUCCAAAUAGAUUUGAAAAAUUAUACUACGGACGUAAACGUUUCAAAACCGAAGGACUAAACAGCUUAGAGUAUAAAAGACUGGCUGUUCAAUCGUGUAAACUUUUCACAUGGAUUUUUGUCGAAUUCACUCCACCUAAUCAAGAAGACACGUUCUCGGGCGUUUUUAAAAAUUCAUAUUUGACCAAGUUCAUAAGAGUUUAAACGUCACAAUGUAGAAAGUUGCGACAACUUAGCACCCAUUUUUUUGUAGAAUCUCUUAUCUGUGAUUUUUUUUUUCUCUAUAGGUAGUACGUUUACGUAAAUGCUUCCUGUUUUUCAAACUUCUAGCAUUCCAUUUUUAAAGGACACAAGAUCUUUUAUCAUGUUUUCCAUUUGUGCGCUUCUUUUAUUAUUGAUCUAGUCUUUUUAUAUACUUUUUAGUUUUACUUCAACGUGUUUGAAAUUUUAAUUGUUCUUUUUUUUUUGUUUUGUUGGUUAAAUUAAUUUUUACGUAAAUGAAUCUCAAAGUACUUAAUUGCAACUUAUUAGUGUCGUUUAAUUACCUGCUCUAUUAUUUAUUUUAACAUCAAGAUCAAAGAUCGAGUGCCUCUAUUGUAUUUUAUUUUUAAUAUGAUUUUAUAUAUUUUUUUCUUUUUACGCGACGUUUUAUACAUAAAAGACAAUUACGAUUAUUAAUCAAAAAUAUUGAAAGAACUGAAUUUUAAAAUAUAGAUUUAAAUUUUAAAUAAUACGUAAGUCGAACUUUUAUCGUAAUUCAUAAAUAGUUUCUUAUAUAGAAAUUUUCUUAAUAUUACUGUGAUAUUAUAUUCAUUAUCUUACGAGUAUGGUUAUGCGUCGGGCAAGUGCGAUAUUUUCUGGCUUAGUUCAUAAGCCAUUAUAGAAUGUGCAAUAUUAUCUUAUAACUUCUUGUUUCAUGGUGCGGGCAUUUUUUUUUCUUUUUCUGUUUAUUUUGUUCAAGUGCUAUGCGCAAAAUAUAUAUUGUUAUAUUUU